AUGCUUUUUAGAUCCACUUUGGUGGAUAAUCUUAUUUGGCAGAUUUUGGUCCCAGUACCUCAAUAUCCACUGUACUCUGCUACAAUAUCUCUAUUCGGCGGUUCUCUUGUUCCAUAUUACCUGGAAGAGACAGCAAAUUGGGGUCUCGACAUUAAUAACAUUCGUCAGUCAGUUGCACAGGCUCAUUCUAGAGGAAUAACAGUCCGAGCUAUGGUAAUUAUAAAUCCAGGAAACCCUACUGGUCAGUGUCUGAGUGAAGCUAAUCUAAAGGAAAUACUACACUUCUGCUCCAAAAACUUAGUCCUGCUUGCAGAUGAAGUUUAUCAGCAGAACAUAUACCAAGAUGAGCGUCCUUUCAUAAGUGUAAAAAAGGUUUUGAUGGACCUGGGCCCACCCAUAAGCAAGGAGGUCCAACUCGUGUCUUUUCAUACAGUCUCCAAAGGAUAUUGGGGUGAAUGUGGACAAUGAGGAGGAUACUUUGAGAUGACAAACAUUCCCCCAAAGACUGUUGAUGAAAUUUAUAAGGUUGCAUCCAUAUCACUCAGUCCAAAUGUCCCCAUACAGAUCUUUCUAAGCCUGAUGGUUAACCCACCCAAGCCAGGGGACAUUUCGUAUUUGAAGUUUAUUACAGAGAGGGGCUAUGUAUUCCUUCCCACAGAUGCGUCUACCACCAAAAGCAAUUGAAACUGCCAAAAGGGCUGGAAAAGUUCCUGAUGUUUUUUACUGUCUCAAACUUUUGGAAGCAACAGGCAUCUCCAUGGUCCCCGGUUCAGGGCCUUCCACUUAAUGACAACCAUUUUGCCAGCUGAAGAAGAUAUGCCUGCAAUCAUGGCCAGUUUCAAGAAGUUCAAUGAUGAGUUCAUGGAGCAAUACGGAGACCACAGAGGCUAUUCAUGGAUGUAAAGAGAUUCUAAAUAUCCCAAUUUUUAUUAUUUUCUCCAGCUCUUGAAAUUAAUUAAUGUACUUAUUAUUAACCUUUUACACUUUAUCCUAUCUUUGGGUUAA